CACUGAUCCAUGGGUACAGCGCAGUGCAUCUGCAGGGGACAUGUACACUGAUCAUCAGGGCACUGAUGACCAGUGUGCCCUGAUGAUCAGUGUAGCCCCAUCAGUGCCACCUGUCAGUGUCCAUCGGUGCCUUGUGUCAGUGCUCAUCAGUGCCACAUCAGUGCCACAUAUCAGUGCCUACCAGUGCACAUCAAUGCCACAUAUCAGUGCCCAUCUGAGCUGCCUUUCAGUGUCACCCAUCAGUGUCAGUCAGUGCCAUCUAUCAAUGCCAAUCAGUGCCACCUAUCAGAUCCAGUCAGUGCCGCCUAUCAGUGCCAGUCAGUGCUGCCUAUCAGUGCGCAUCAGUGUCGCCUGUCAGUGCCGCCUAACAGUGCCAGUCAGUGCCACCUAACAGUGCCAGUCAGUGCCGCCUAUCAGUGCC